AUGGCUGAUUUACUCUUUCUUGGCCUGUGGGUUCAAACCCUUGCUGUCCUAGGGGCUCUGUUGGUGACGAAGCUCGUCUGGGAUGUCCUGUUAUCCCCCUUGAGAGCCUUUGACGGGCCUCUUCUAGCCAAGUUCACUAACAUCUGGCGGGCCUGGGAGGCCUUUGACGGCCAUAUUGAUCGGACAUAUAUUCAGCUACACCGACGUCAUGGGUCUGUGGUGCGAGUAGGCCCGAACGCCCUGAGCAUUUCAGACCCCAGCUUGAUCCGAGUAAUCUAUUCCACGCGGAACCCUUGGAGAAAGGUACCUUAUUUCCCUCCCGGCUGUCAUGACUCGUAUCACCCCAACGACGCCCUGGUGAAUGGCCAUCGAAUCACCAAUCUCUUCAACACACAAGACGAACAAUGGCAUGACCAGAAUAUCCUCCCAAUUCGGAGCUUGUGGCGGAUGUCCAAGGUCUUGAACUACGAGCCUCUGAUUGAUGAGACUAUAAAUAAAUUCGUAGACAAGCUCGGUUCCAGGUUCGGUGGGGGCAAGGUCUGCCCUGUUGAUGAAUGGAUUGGAUACUUUGCCUGGGAUGUAACUGCAAAUUUCAGCUUCGGUCGACACUAUGGCUUCAUCGACCAGGGGAAAGAUGUCGAUAACCUGAUCGCAGACUCGACCAAAGGUCUUAUCUACUUUGCGCCUGUCUCCCAAAUCCCCUGGAUCGACCAUCUCCUAGACAAGAACCCCAUCGUCCGCAUCGGCCCCAAACCCACUCUAACCGGCAUCCUCUACGCAUUCAAAGUCGUCGCCGAAUACCAAGCCGAACUCAAAGACAAUAAAGUCAAUCCCGGCACCACCGUCGACCACACUCUCGCCAAAUACGUCCAACUCAAAGAGACACACCCGGAGAUGGCUACAGACGUCCAGAUCGUCAACUGGCUAAUGCUGAGCAUUCUCGCCGGUGGGGAUACCUCGUCUGCCGUCAUGCGCGCAGUCGUAUACCAUCUAGCUAAGAACGCAGACGCGCACCGAGCACUCGUCGCAGAACUAACAUCUGCCGGUCUAUCCAUACCGGCUCAGUGGAAGGAUAUCCGUGACUUGCCGUACCUGGACGCUGUUAUCCGCGAGGGCAUGCGUCUUAACCCGGGUAUUGCGAUGGUGUUUGAGCGUGUUGCCCCGCCUGGUGGCUACACUUUACCUGAUGGCCGGUAUAUCCCUGUGGGGACGAAAGUGGGCAUCAACCCGGCCGUCACGGGUAGAGACUGCGGAGUGUUUGGCGAGGACGUGGAUGUUUUCCGGCCUGAGCGGUGGUUGAGGCGUGAUGAUGAUGGAGAGGAAGGAGAGGAAGAGUAUCAGGAGCGUCAUAGACGGAUGCGUGAUACUUGUGACUUUGUGUUUGGGGCUGGGGCGAGGGUUUGUAUGGGAAGGCAUCUUGCUAUGCUGGAGAUGAAGAAGUUAAUCGCGACGUUGUAUUACACGUUUGAUCUGCACCUGGUUGACCCGAAGCACGAAUGGUCCUGUCGGAAUGCCUGGUUUGUGUACCAAAGCGACAUGCCUAUGAUUGUUACUCGUCGGGAGUAG